AUGGCUCUAGCUAUCUCCCACGAGGAUACUCAGAUUUUGCUAAAGGACAAAAAUAUCCUACAGGAAUCGGUCUUGAACAAAUACAGAACGGCUGGACAAAUUGCACAAACUGCUUUGAAAUAUGUCACUUCUUUAAUUAAUGAUUCGUAUCAUUCAAAGACCACAGAACGCCAAUUAACCGUGUCAGAGUUAUGUUUGCUUACUGAUUCUUUUAUUUUGACCCGCUUGGAACAGUAUUAUAAAAAUAAAGUUAAUGAAAGAGGUAUUGCUAUUCCAACUACUAUUGAUAUCGACCAAAUUUCCGGCGGGUGGUGUCCCGAAAUAGAUGAUACUCAAAAUUUGUUGAAAUGGAAUAAGGGCAAAGACUCCACUUUUGCAUCAUCUGUUACUGGAAUCCUGAGACAAGGUGAUUUAGUCAAGAUUACAUUAGGUGUUCAUAUUGAUGGUUAUACCUCUGAAGUUUCUCACACUAUGGUUAUUUACCCCGUUGACGAAACCAAAGCUGUUGCUCAACCUGCUGGGCCACUACUAGGUGGUAAGGCGGAUGCCGUAGCUGCUGCCCACAUUGCUAUGGAAACAGUGGUUGCGUUAUUAGCCUGUGCUCUGACCCCAGAAAAGCUGCCCGCCUCAUUGGGAGGAACUUCAAGUGGUAUCACAGGCCAAUUGAUUAGAACUAUCGUAGACACUAUUGCCAGAUCUUACAACUGUGGCGUUGUCCCUGGUUCUCGUGUAAGAAGAAUUAGGAGAUUUUUAGCAGGCCAAAACGAAGGUAUUGUCGCCGAAAGGGAAUAUAAGGGUGUUAUUUGGACAGAGUCCCAUCAAGAAGCAGACUUACUAUCUAAUACUGAUGCCAAGGAUUUGACCGUGGUAGAUCGUGGUCAAUCUACUCCAUUCACUAAUGUUUCCGCUAUUCCAAGUGACGAUUUCGUUGUACAAUCAUGUGAAGUUUAUUUAAUUGAUUUGAAAAUGGCAUCUUUGGAACAUUGUAACAAGAGGGGUUUAGUCACUUUAGAGACCGUCGAUUCUUAUACUGGUAAAUCUCAUAAGGCAGGAGAAUUGAUUGCCAGACCCAGCGUUUACGUUAGGGAUUUCGCUCAAACUCAUAUUCUUAAAUUAAAGACCUCAAGACAACUCUUAACCAAGAUUGAUAAGCAAGGUGUUUACCCAUUCAAGUUAUCUCAUUUAUCUUCUAACUUUCCCUUUGUUGACGAAAAUGAGGAGGAACUUCAAAAUUUAAACAAAGACUUGAAAUCAUUUAGACUUGGGAUGAGUGAGAUUUCCAAUAACUACUUAUGUGUGGAAAGUCCAAUACAAAUUGCAAGAUGGGUUCCAUGGGACCAUAUUUUAAAGGCCACCAAUCCAAACGGUAAUCUAAGUUACGAUGCAACCUCUACAUUAACAUUACCUGGGCAUGAGCUUCCUCUACCAAAAUUGGGUGUUUCGGCCAUCAAGCUUAAAUCCUUGUUGAAUUCAACUAAGGAAUCGAUUUCCUUACCAGUUGCUCGUGAAUGUAACACCAUCGUAUUGUGUGACUCUAGUGUAAGUACAACCGACAGACCCGAAUUAUUGAGAUUAACUGGUGGUUCUAAGACCUGUCAGCCAAGCUGGGUUCACUCUCAACACGAAUUAAAUCCUGAAGAUUCUAUUGUCCAAGGGAUCUUUCAAUUGGCUACUUUGGCCAAGGAUAAGAGAUUCGGUCUAUUAUUAAAGGAAACACAACCAAUGAAGCAGAAAAGUGCUAUCACAUCAAAUGGUGACGUUGAAGAAACUAUGAAAAUGUAA